AUGACUUCGGACAGCUGCGUUUCUCUCGGCGACCGGCAAACUCCGCGGGGAGGCAUGCUGCACCCCAACGUCUCCGGACCAGUGCGCGACACCAAUGUCACCAAGAGCUGCGGAUACGUGUCGGUCGGUUUCCCGAUUUCCAUGAUGGUCACCGGCAUGGUCGGCAACUCUCUUGCCCUUAUCCUGGUGUACAUUUCUUAUAGGAAGAAGGAAAACAAAAGGAAAAAGUCUUUCUUGCUUUGCAUCGGAUCCCUGGCGCUGACUGAUCUGUUCGGGCAGCUGCUGACGAGCCCGAUCGUCAUCUCGGUGUACAGAGCCGACCUCAUCUGGGAGCGCAUCGACUCGUCCGGUCAGCUGUGCGCCUUUUUCGGGGUGUGCAUGACCACUUUUGGCCUGUGCUCGCUGUUUCUGGCCAGUGCCAUGGCCAUAGAGAGGGCCCUGGCCAUCACCAGUCCCCACUGGUACUCCAACAACAUGAAGACCAGCGUCACCAAGCAGACCCUGGCCGUCAUCUGGUGUCUGGUGCUGCUCUUCGCGCUGCUGCCCAUCGCAGGUGUGGGCAAGUACACGCUGCAGUGGCCGGGGACGUGGUGCUUCAUCAGCACUGGCGACCGGGAGGUGCCCGGUAACACCUUCUUCUCCAUCACUUUCGCCGUGCUCGGGAUUUUCUCUCUGCUCGUAACUUUUUCCUGCAACGUGGCGACGAUCCGGGGAUUAAUAAUCCGCUGCAAAACCAAAUCCGGCACCUCUCAGUCCUCCAAACAGUGGGAACGGCUCACCACGGAGACUGUCAUCCAGCUGUUGGGGAUCAUGUGCGUCCUGCUCAUCUGCUGGUCUCCGUUACUGGUGUUGAUGCUGAGAAUGGUCUUCACGCAGACAUCCUCUCAUCACUGCAACACGUCGAUGGUGGCAGCGACGGCGGUGGUAGCGGGUUCCUCCCUUUCUCCCAGCCGCAACCUGGACUGCAACUUUUUCCUGAUGGCAAUCCGCCUGGCAUCCCUGAACCAGAUCCUGGACCCAUGGGUCUACCUGCUCCUGCGGGAGAUCCUGCUCCGCAAAUUCUGCAUGGUGGCCAAUGCCGUGUCAAAUUGCUCCAUCGAUGGACAGAAGGAAAGCAGCCCCACUGCCCUGGAUGCCCUCACCAAGCAGAACUAUGACACCAGCAGCCUCCAGAAACAGCAGACUCAGUAG